GUUUGAUUGGAGCGUGAUUGUGUGAAAACUCAAAAAGCUUUGUUUGGAGAGAGAGAGAGAGAGAGAGAGAGAGAGAGACUUAACAAACAACAAUGGCGACCUCGGAGUCCGGCUCCGACCAAACCAGUUCGGCCCUUUCUGACUCCUUUCGUACUCCUUAUUACUGCGAGGAGAAUGUAUACUUUCUUUGCAAGAAAUUAAGCGCAAGUGGAACAGCAGCUGCUGACGGAUCUGAUCUUUUUGUUGUUUUCAUUUCCAAUGAGAAGAAACAGACCCCAUUGUGGAAUCAAAAGGCCAGCAAAAGAGCAGAUGGGGUUGUUCUCUGGGAUUAUCAUGCCAUUUGUGUUCAGAGAAAAAAAGAAGGCGACACUCCUCUCUUAGUAUGGGAUUUAGAUUCAAGUCUUCCAUAUCCUUCUCCUUUAACUUCCUAUGUGUCAGAAACUUUCCAACCAUCAUUUCAGCUCUUUUCUGAGUAUCAAAGGUUUUACCGCAUUGUGCAUGCUCCGAUAUUUCUUCGUUACUUUGCUUCUGAUAGAAGACACAUGAAAGAUUCUGCUGGGAACUGGACUGCUGAACCCCCUAAAUAUGAACCCAUAGUUGCUGAAGAUGGAGCCGUGCACAACUUGAAUGAGUACAAUGAGAUCCAUGCUGCAGAUGUCAUGACAAAUGCUGGAGACUUUCUCAAUGCGGUUUUUACACAGAGGCUCGGUGCAGUGAUAAACGAAAAUCAGCUGGAGGAAUUCUUUUUGAAAAUGCCUUGAUAUUGUUGAAUCUCGUAUCCGCUGGACCUCAUUGAGUUAUGCAUUUUUAUUUUUAUUUUUGUGAGUAUAUAUAUGAAAGUCAAAUCCCUUGGUGUGCCA